AUGACAGAAAAACCAGUGACAUACCAGUCUCUAGUAUGUGUUAUUAAUUUACCAAUGAAUAUAGUUGGCAUAUGUUUCAUACAUGGUAUUAACGUUUAA